AUGAAGGGCCUCCAGGCAGAUCGAGAUUCAGAAUUAGGUUACGAUUUACCGGAGAAGUGGAGAACUAGGGCAGAAUUUGGAGUUGAUUCCUCAUUGAUUGGGGCCUUGCAGCGGAGUGCCGCCGACAGAUUGAGAUCCAGAGUUCGAUUACAAUUUACGAAUAUAUGGACUGCAGGGCAUACUGGAUCAUGGGCUGAAGCUUAUCCAGAGAUUGUAACUUGUGCAAACAUGUUCUGGUCUCCGCCGGGCACUGCAUAUGCCGAUCGUCUCGCAUCCGAACCAGGAACUGGCCAGCUUAACCCUUUAAACCCCAAGACCUACCAAGUCCUUAAGAAUGUUAUCCAUGAUGUUGCAGCUUUAUUCCCAGAACCUUUCUAUCAUGGAGGAGGAGAUGAAAUAGUCCCUGGGUGUUGGAAAGCUGACCCAUCCAUCCAAAACUACUUAUCCCAAGGUGGAAACCUUAACCAACUUCUACAAACCUUCAUAAAUUCAACCCUUCCUUACAUUUCUUCUCUAAAUCGCACUGUAGUGUAUUGGGAAGAUGUCUUGUUAGAUGCUACUGUGAAUGUAAGUGCCUCAGUUCUUCCUACAGAGAAAGUUAUUUUGCAGACAUGGAACAAUGGCCCAAACAAUACUCACCGUCUUGUCUCCGCCGGGUACCGAGUGAUUGUGUCGUCGGCUGAUUUCUACUACUUGGAUUGUGGCCAUGGUGGGUGGCUGGGGAAUGAUAGUAGAUAUGAUCUUCAAGUGGGAGAUCUUCCAAGACAACCUUUUAACUAUGCUGGUGGUAAUGGUGGUUCAUGGUGUGAUCCAUUUAAGACUUGGCAAAGGGUAUAUGAUUAUGAUAUAACUUAUGGAUUGAAUGAGACACAGGCUAAGUUGGUUUUAGGAGGAGAGGUUGCACUUUGGUCAGAACAAGCUGAUUCUACUGUGUUGGAUGCAAAGAUAUGGCCUAGAGCUUCUGCUUUGGCUGAAACUAUGUGGUCUGGAAAUAGAGAUGUGACAGGGAAGAAGAGGAAUGCAGAGGCAAUUAAUAGGUUGAAUGAGUGGCGUUAUCGGAUGGUCUCUAGAGGGAUUGGAGCUGAACCAUUGCAGCCCUUGUGGUGUAUUACUCGUCCAGCCAUGUGUAAUCUUGAUCAGUGAUUUUGGUUUUGGAUAACAUUUUCCAUUUUUUUUUCUUGGGGUUGGGAACAACAAAAUUUAAGUGAAAAUUGAAAAUGGAAAAAACAAAGGGAGCAAAAUAAAAAAAUUAGUCUUGUAAUUUUUUUUUUCUUUUUCCAAAAGGCAGAAGGAAAAAGUAAAGACUGAGUCUCUUUUAAAUUAUGGGUAA